ACAAUAGUGUGACGUCAUAAGAAUGCUUUAAUUAAUCUUACGUCUUUUGCAAACGGGAGUGUGUAUAUUUUUUAGACUAUUUUCGAAGACACGUUCUACUAAGAAAAAGAAAGAAAAAAAAAGAGAAGAAGUUAUUAACAAGACCAAGUUUAUAUUCUAUUUAAAUAGUCUGGUGUGUACCCUACGGGGUAUAUCGGGUAUCUUAAAAUCAAUUUAACGUCGUUAUUUGAGAAACCAGUGGCUCGGAGUCCUAGUUGUGCCAAUGUUUGAUCAAGCAACAGUGGUGACCAGCCAACAUAGCUUUCUGACAUGACACUGCGAUGUUGAACUUAAACUGUUCGUUGGCGAUUUGGUGAUACGACACGUACACAAAUAACUAAGGAACCGAUUCAUUUAAGCAAGUAAUUACCCUUUCCCACACCAAGUUGUGACUCAAAUUUGAAUUUGUUCUUUACGGCUAUUCAGUGUACUAUAGAAUAUUAUACGACGUUGACGAAUAUUCGUAUUAACAAUGUUUCCAACAGUGACAUUCAAGAAAAUGGACAUGCAGUCCCGACUUCAGCGUAAGAAACAGGAUUCGGCCAUGAAGCUGCGCAAGAUAGACAAAACGGCUAAUCGGAUCCUGGACCGCAAGCUUGGAGACAUGGAGACGACGUUCGAGAAGGAGGCGCGAGUCCGCUUCAAGGAGUACAAGAAGUUGCAGUACGAGCUGGCCGAGUCUGACCGCGAGAACGACGGUGUCCUGCACCUCCCACACCUUCUGCAGAUGUCGCCGGAUCUCAGCCCAGACGAGUUCGAGGAGGACAUGAACACGCCGCGUUCAGCCCGGGGGAGUCCAUUCCACAGGGCAGGGACAUCCAGUGCGUGUAAAAACUGCUGUUCGUGCAGAUUCCACUGCUCGCCUCGGAGACACAGGUGUGUUUUCUUUCCGUGCAGCAUCCCUUCCACUUACCACAGCAUCGGGUACAACAUUCAUCCUCCGCCGAAAUCCGUCCUGGAGGAUUACGGUUUCGAGGUGUUUCGUAACUCUGAUGGUGUCCCGAUUUCUAAAAUCUCUGGGCAGGAUGUUGGGGAUGAUGAGGAUGUUGAAGAUGAUGCCCAGCGGAAGUCCCCGAGAUGUACUGUUAAGGAGAGACUGCGAGGUCUCAGACAGCUGGUGAAGGAGAUGAAGGAGCGCAAUGAACGCAACAGACCCAGGGAUUGGGCCGUGAAUUAUGGCCAACCGGUGUCAAGGCGACAGCUUCUGAACCCUGUGAUUCCGGUUUAGGAUAGUUUUUAUGAUGUCUGGACCGUAACAUGUGUCGCCAACCAGUUUCAAGGCGACAGCUUAUAAACUCUGUGAAUUACGGUUUAGGAUAUUUGUUUUUAUAAUGUUAUAUUUCCGUCAUUUCUGGAGAAUAAAAUGCAUCGUCAUGUG